UGAGACUCCAAAAUAACAGCAGAAAUAACCACAAGAAGAGGAAAUCAUCACCCAGGAAUGAGAAUGAAGAGUGUUGUAUCUCUGCUGGUGUUGCUGCACUGCUGUCUGUCUGGAGCCCAGGUCCACAAAGACAGAGAUGGAGUCAGUGUGAAUGAGAUCCAGCAGGUUGACUAUGAGGACAGAGAGAGCAGAGGGAAGGACAUUCAGACUGACAAACAGAGAGCUGAAGCUGCAUUAACACACAGCCAGCAAACCUGCCAGCCUGACAUCCACACUGUGCUGAGAGAGAUGAGCACCAUGAUGGCAGAGCAGAGAGUUGAGCUGAGACACACAAAGACUGAACUGGGAGCCAUGGAGGCCCGACUGAGAGCCAGUGAGAGCCGACUGACAGACAGUGAGAGACAGGUGGAGGAACUGAAAGUCCAGCUGACAUCCAAAGUGGAGGACCUGAGCAAAAUAAAUGAAGCACAAGCAGUGAAACUAAACUCCAUGGAGACUCGUUCUAACAUCACUGAGAGACAUGUUGAAGUUCUGAAGAGAAACAGUCAAGACAGGAAGGUGGCUUUCUCAGCCUCACUAGCAGCACCUGGUCAAGAAGGAAACACUGGACCCUUCAACACUGGAACCACCCUGGUCUACAGAAAUAUCUACUCAAACAUUGGCAAUGCUUAUAACCCCACUACAGGGAUCUUCACAGCACCAGUGAGAGGACUCUACCUCUUCAGGUUUUACAUCUAUGGACACGGUGAUAAUUCAGUUCCUACAACUACAUUCUUGCAUAAGAAUGGACAUCAGAUAGCUAUUGCACAUGCUCACCAAGCUGGUGGUGCUAUUAACUCCUCUAAUGGAGUGUCACUGCUGCUGGAGGUAGGAGAUGUGGUCUACAUGCAUCUCUGGGCUGGGAGAAAGAUAUAUGAUGAUGCAAAUCGUCACAGCACCUUCAGUGGUCACCUGCUCUUCACUAUGUAGGAGGGUUAUUGAAGGACUGUAUCAGUGAUCUGUUCUGGAAAAUAUUCAGAACUUUUAGUAACAUUGUCUUAGCGUUGAAUGUUCUCCAUUUUCUCUCUAACAGUUCAAACUAAGGAAGUUCUCAAGGAGAAAAGUAGGUGAAAUUUACAAGAUUUAAAAUACAUAUCGUAUCCAAGUUUCAAAAUAGAAAAAUAAUAACAAGAAUAUAUUAAGAAUGAAAAUGUUAAUGUCAUGUAAAUAUGAUACUGUCCACUAAGACUUCUUUCAUUCAUGUAGAGAUGUUGA